GGCCAGGAGAGGACAAAGGCAACCGCAGGGUAAGAGGGGUCACCUUCCAAGAUGGAGAAGUUCAAGGCUGCAAUGCUGUUGGGGAGUGUUGGAGAUGCCCUCGGCUAUGGAAACAUCUGCAGGGAGAACAGCGUUUUAGGCUCAAUCCAGGAGGAGCUGCAAAAGACAGGGGGGCUGGACAGCCUUGUGCUCUCACCUGGGAGGUGGCCAGUGAGCGACAACACCAUCAUGCACAUGGCGACUGCUGAAGCCCUGACCACAGACUACUGGUGCCUAGACGACCUGUACCGAGAGAUGGUAAAGCGCUACGUGGAGACGGUGGAGACGCUCUCAGAACAUCGGCCGGAUCCUUCCACGAUCGAGGGCUGCUCCCAGCUGAAACCGGAUAACUACCUCCUCGCGUGGCAUACGCCCUUCAGUGAAAAGGGUUCAGGAUUCGGAGCUGCCACCAAAGCGAUGUGCAUCGGAAUGCGGUACUGGAAGCCAGAACGGCUGGAGACGCUCAUCGAAGUCAGUAUUGAGUGCGGUAGGAUGACCCACAACCAUCCUACAGGUUUCCUUGGGUCCCUGUGCACAGCACUGUUUGCCUCUUACGCACUACAGGGAAAGCCACUCGUGCAGUGGGGAAGAGAGAUGCUGAAGGUGCUUCCUCUGGCUGAGGAGUACUGUAGGAAGACCAUCCGGCACAUGGCAGAGUACCAAGAACACUGGUUUUACUUCGAAGCAAAAUGGCAGUUUUAUUUGGAGGAAAGAAAAAUCAGAGAAGAUGCAGAAGACAAAGUCACCUUUCCUGACAACUAUGACGCAGAGGAGAGAGACAAGACCUACAAGAAGUGGAGCUCAGAAGGCCGAGGGGGGCGGCGCGGUCAUGAUGCCCCCAUGAUAGCCUACGAUGCCCUUCUUGCUUCGGGGAGCAACUGGACCGAGCUGUGCCAGCGAGCCAUGUUUCACGGAGGAGAGAGUGGAGCGACAGGGACGAUCGCCGGCUGCCUGUUCGGGUUGCUGCACGGCCUGGCCACUGUUCCACGGGGCUUGUACCAGGAGCUGGAACACAAAGGCAGACUAGAAGAUCUGGGCGCAGCCCUGCACCGCCUGUCCACAGAAGAAAAUUCCGAGAGCCCCAGGAUCAGCUGUGGGAAGAUAGCCAUGGACGCGCAGAUGCUAAAGAAGAGGAUCAGCAGGACAUGCGAUGAGGCAGCCCGCACCAUCCUCAGCAGCCUCUUGCUUUAUGUCUUGGAUCAUGCAGAUGGGCCCCAGAAGGUGGAAGACAGGACACACAGGACCAACCGCCCUUUCCAACUCCAGGAGGCGGGCCGGAGACCCACACGGUUCCAGCUUCUACAGGCUAAGUUCAUGGGCACUGGCCGGGAGCUCCACCUCAAGAAGACCCGGGAUGUGGGUCGGCUGAUCUCUAAAGACAAGCAAGGACCUGGUAGGAGUUUUGUAAAUGCCACCAUCAACAAGCUCCUGGAAAAGACCAAGGAAGUGGGCAGAAGCUCCAGCCAGAGGACCCCAGCCAGUGAGAAGGUCCGGUGGAGCCCAUCGAGCGGGAAGGGCACUGUGAAAAACAUCCUGAAGAAGUUCCUGGCUGCAGAAGAGAAGGCGGCCAAGGAGAACGAAGUAGGUGAGAAGCCCCCUGCCCAGCGGCCUGGAGCUGCCAGGGGCCUCCUGCCAAGAAUUGUGGGCCAGAGCUCCAUCCUCUCCAAGCUGAGGGAAAGAUUCGAACACAACAGCUGCCUGUACUCGGAGGCAGGCGUGCUGCCCCUGCACAGGGAGGGACUGAAGAGCAAGAACCUACAGAAGAGGAAAGUGCACAGGCCACAAGUGCGGGUGCUCCACGUGGCCACCAUGGCUACCAGCUGCACCAGAAUCCCCCCUGCCCAGUUUCUGGCCUGCACAGCUGAGCCUCUGCCAGCCCUCAGCAUCGCCACCAUCGUCUGCGGGCCCCAGAGCUGGUUGUCCCACUGUGCAAAACUUAGUCACUCGGAGUGCAGACGCUGGCCCACCGGGGCAGCCAACACGUUCUCCAACUCAGAAAACCUGGAGCCUGUUGGAAACAGAACACAAGGUCUCGAAAACAAGGAGAGCAAGGAACAUCUCCUGUCCUCAGUGCCCCAGGCAGUGGUUGACGUGGGUUUCUCUGGCAUACCUACUAAUGGCAAUGCUCUGCCUGGCCAUGCACCAGUGUUGUCCUCACGUGGACUGGACAGCCCCAGAAGUACUGGAGCAGUUGGAAAGGACAGAACAGUGGAGCCCAGUACACAAGAGGUGGCAGCAGACGCACAGGGAGCAAUGGAUAAUUUAAGAGGGGCCCCUGAAAUUGCCAUGACUGUGAGCAGCUCUGAGGAUGAAGCCGAAAGGACAGCCUCAGGCUUGGAAAGAGAGCCCUUCUUUGCCACCCAGAGGCACCUGCCAGAGCAGGAGGCUGUGAUUCAGAUCCACCUCCUUGCCCCGCUAGCAGUCCAGGCUGAGCGGCGAGCACAGCCCGCUAUCAAUCCUCCACAAAUCACCGUGCAGCUUCCCAUCGUUCAUGAGAUGCCAGCCUCUCCUGGUCGUGAAGACCAAUGUUCUCCGGUUGUGAGAAGAGAGGUCAUGGCUGGAACUGAACAGGCGGCAUCUUCCACUGUGACCAAGGAUAGGAGGGGUCCCCCAGCCCCAACAAUGCAGAGUCACCCCUGUGGGGUACCCGUGAGUCUCUGUCCUGCAACUCAGUACGGACUCCAGGAAGACCUAAGAGAUAGCGCCAGCGUAGGAGGUGAUGCCUCACAGAGGUUCCUAAUACCAAGUCCUUCCAAGACGUUUCCUGGUGGAACAGAGGGAAAACAGAGCCCUGAGAAGUCACAUGACCUCAGGAAUUGCAGUGGUGACAGCCCUUCCACGUACCUCAUUGCUGGGAGAAGCUAUGCAGGAGUGGGCACCUGCUCGACCACUGGCCUCCAGCAAGGGACAUCGACCACGAUGAUGGUGACAAGCCAGGACUGCAUACGGCCUGACGGUUCUAUAGCACUGGAGAAGAGCAUCCAGUUUGGACAGGAAGAGUGCCAAGGACCCCAGAAUGAGUCAGCUCAACCACCAGGCAGAACUCAGGAAAACAGCAGCCAUGAUUUGGGUAGCAACAGCCAGACCACAUUAAAUAAUCAGUCUAUUGCAAGGAUCAAAGCCUCUGGAAAGGCAAUAGGGACUGUCACUGAUCUCACAGUACCACAGCCAAGUAGUACUCAGCACCCUGAACUCAAGACAGCAGCAUGGCCAACUGGUACUCAGGACACUGAACUCAAGGUGGUACCACAUACGGGUGACUCCAAGGAGGUUGAAUACAAGACAGUGCCACAGACAAGUGCCCAAGAUGUUAGACAUACGCAAAUGUCAUGGGCAUGUGGUACCCAGAACGAUGCACACAGGAUCACACUACAGCCACAUGUUCCCCAGGGUGUGGAGCCCAACACAACGCCACACCUUGGUGGUUCCCAGGAGCCUAAACACGAGGUAACACUGGGGCCAAGCGGAGCCCAGAAUAUUGACCACAAGACACCACAGCAAGAUAGGACUCAAGAUAUUAAACUGACGACACUGCGGCCAGGUGGUGCCCAGGACCCUGAACAUAAGAUGGUGUCACAGGCAAGUGACAUCCAAGGUGCUGGACACAAAACAACCACAUGGGCAGGUGGUGCCCAAAACACUAGACAGAAGGCGUCUUCACAGCCGGGGGGUGUGCAGGGCACUAAAUACAAGAUAGGUGUUACCCCAGACACUGAGCACGAGGUGACCGCACAGGCUGGUGAUGCCCAGGAUGGAGAAGAAAGCCCUGAAAAGAAGACAACACCAUGGUCAGGAAGCGUCCGGGACUAUAAAGACAAGAUAACACAAGGACCCCACAGCCAUUCUUCUUUGGUAUCAAGCAGGUCCUCAAAGCAUGCGAGUAGAACCACUGAAGACCUAACGGGGAGCCGUCCCCUAAUGUCGGCAGCCCCAGUCGUUCAGACACAGGAAGCUGGGGAUUCUUGCCUGAUGUCUACUAAGUCUCCCCUAUGUGUUUCAAGUGAGUCACGGAACAAAAUUACAGCGGUGGAAAGAGACCCUCUGUGCCAAAGCACAGCAUCCCCAGAGCCACAAACAGAACCAGCAGAGACUCUGGACCACUCGCCGCGGCCCUCUGUGGGCCCACGGGCACUGGACAGAACGGAUCCUGAGAAAGAACAAUAUCUUUCUAGGGCGGCACACUCCCCUACAGGACCAGCCGCAAAGGGAGAGACCAGGCAGGUGGGGCUAGCCCACAGUCCAGAGCCUCCUGUUCCCAACCAGAAGGUAGAGCAUAGGUCUGCCCCCCAGGCAGAAACCUUGGGAGGUGAAGCCAAAGAGAUGCUGCCAACACAGGCAGACGUGGGCAGGCCACAGAGACAGCUCGGAUCGGAGGAAACUGGUACAGGACAUGUACGGUUACACCAGACUGGACAGUCAGAUGUACUGUGUGUGGUAGAUCCUCAGGCAUGGGCUUCUCAGGACCCAGUAGCUAAUGAAAAGAUACCGGUGGAGGAGAAUUCCUGUCAGCACAGGGACAGGACUCAGAAACAUCCCUCAAGACCACCAAAGAGGCUGGAAAAGAGCCCAACUCAAGGAGGAAGUCUCCAGGCUGGCAAGAAUCUAGCUACCCCAGGGAACCCUACGAAGUCUUGUGGCCUGGCUUUGCAGAAACAGACCCAGCGUCAGGGACAGGCCAGCCACCCAGUACCUCAGGCUUCGGGACCUGACAGCACUGCUGAAGGAGUCCUGACUGCUGGCACGAGUGGGGAGCCUCCCAGACGGGGCCCCUCAUUUGACAAUCAGCAAAGCCUGGUUGCCCAGCACCUGCCCAGAGAAACCCAGAGUCUGGCUAGUAGCAGGACCACAGCCGGCUCCCUGGAGAACACACAUGACGCUUCCUGGCUCACAUCUAAGGCUGGGAGCCACCCACUCUUCCAAUCCCUUGCCCAGGACGGGCCCCCAAGUGCCCCUAGGGCAGAAAAGGGCCUGUCAGACCAUAAGCACCCCAGGUCGGUGCACUUUGCAAAGUAUCGCGCCCAAAGCUUUCGGGACCAGGCGGCCUUCGAUCUGUCCUUCAGGCCCACAGCCCUCAGGGCCAGUGACGCCUUUGAGCCUCCAAAGUGAGAGCUCACCUUGAGUCAACAAGUCUGUCUCUAACUGAACGUGACUUUGAGCAUCCCCCUCCCCAACCCCCAGCCCCGAGAAAAUGUAGACAGACAUUAGUGUCUCUCAUUUCUUCUCUCUUCACAUGAACCAAUCCUGGGGAUGCAUACAGGUGGUGCUUGCGCAUGUUCGAGGCAGGUGUGAGACCCCUCUAGAUGAGGAAGAUGUUAGCUAUCCAAGGCUGCCGGCUACAGGCCAUUGCUUUCACAGGACCUUGUGAUGUCAGCCCAGCACUGCGACUUGGAGGACACGGAGCACUCACUCCUGUCUUGGCAGAAGAGAGACCAGUGUCACAGGCUGCCCUUUCUGUGUCCUCUGGCCCUCGGCUCCCCAGAGCUUCCCAAACAUGUUCCUCCCAGCCUACUACCCAAAAUCAGUGCCUGUGACCUAUGACCUAAACCUUGCCUAUGGGGAAGUGCAGUGCUUGCCUAACCCACAUCCCACUCCUAAGCUGGUCCCAGAGUCUUUUUUUUUUUUUUUUAAGAUUUAUUUAUUUAUUUAUUAUAUGUAAGUACACUGUAGCUAUCUUCAGAUGCACCAGAAGAGGGCAUCAGAUCUCAUUAUGGGUGGUUGUGAGCCACCAUGUGGUUGCUGGGAUUUGAACUCCGGACCUUCGGAAGAGCAGUCGGGUGCUCUUACCCACUGAGCCAUCUCACCAGCCCAGGUCCCAGAGUCUUGCUGAUCACAGUGAGACAUGGGGUCCCAGACUGGCUUGUCUCCUCAGCAGACAUCAGGAAAGAACCUCAAGGAGCCACGGGUGGCUUUCCCAACACUGAUUCCAAGCAUGAGGCAGCUCUCCCAUCCUGCUGUUGGCCAAGCUACAUGGGCUCCAGUUGUUUCCAGCUGCUGACUGCACUUCUGUCCAGGGCAUUUGCUCUCCUGAGACACACAAGGACAGUUAUAGUCGCCCACUGCACCUCGGCUUGGGAUAGUGGCCAUUAACAACUCAGUGUCCCGACUGCCCCUUGGUGUGUCUACUGUAAUCUAGAUCAAACUAGACAACUCUGGGCAGACUACACCUCUUCGAGCUCUGGUCGUCAUGCCCCCUGACUUGUGGGAUGCCCCACGGAUCCACUGAAGAGCUGAGGCGGUGAACAGGAUGUUCUCCUUUGGGGGACUUCCUCUCAGAAAAAUGGCAUCUGCGUCCUUGGAGACUUGCUGUUUGGUUUUGUCUCACUUGAGAAUUUCCCCGAAACACUCUGUCUGCUCUGGAGACUGGCUCUCUAUUUGCUGGGACUUCCUUUGUUUUCCAACUCAAAUAUCCAUAACAAGAAUGUCCUGUCGUAGCCAGCGUGGUGGCGCAGGCCUUUAAUCCCAGCACUUGGGAGGCAGAGGCAGGCGGAUUUCUGAGUUGGAGGCCAGCUUGGUCUACAAAGUGAGUUCCAGGACAGCCAGGGCUAUACAGGGAAACCCUGUCUCGAAAAACAAACAAACAAAAAUACCCCAAAUGAACAAAAAAAAAGAAUGUCCUGUCGUAUCCCAGAUGAAGCUGACUAUGGGUGACCCCACCCCAGCUCAGGGACCCCUGAGUGGGCCAUUACUUAGGAACCUGAGCCCCUGAUUAAUCAGGAAGCAGGUGUUUGUGUGUUGAGCACAGCAGGAGUCAGCUCCACAGCUUCUGUGGUCAGCACGUGCUCCCUCUGUAGGAGGCAGUGCUCCUCACCGUUUACAAGAGCCUUUGCUGAAGUUACAGGGGGUAUGUAAAUUUUCUGAACAAAGGGCACUGUCCCCUUGUGUCCUAUGUUGCACCCCUGGGGCCAUCCCCCUUAACCUGGGGUCUUGUGUAGUUAGAUGCCAGAGUGUUUGUUUUUCAAGCCCAGCCAAUACUGGGGGACAUGGAGCUAUGGGGUGCAGUGAUUCCCUACCCUACUCAGAGUCCCUAUAAAGCCAGGUCCUAGGGACUAUGAGACAGGAGGGUGGUCCCAGCAGAGAGCACAGACCUUCUUAGGCCUUUUUGGAAUUAUCAGCAACAUCUGCUCACACCAGUGGUGUUAGGAAGCAGCUCCAGCCCUUGAGAUGUCCGGGUAUGGCAAUCUCCCACCAGACAGACGCAAAACCGGUUUACGGGUUUUCUUCCUUUUACAUACUUGAUCCACAGAGGAUGUGAGGUGAUGUUUGAUCAAAAGUAUGGUGACCGACAGAGGCGAUUAUAAAACUUGCAUGCACACUGGAAAUCCUUUUAAGGAGACGUUGCUGAAGUUUUUUUUAAGAUGGAGUACUUUGGCAAACAAGAACUUUUAAACGGGCCUAAAAGUUGUGAGGAGCAAGCAAGCAAGGUCACACAGCAGGACCUUUGCAUGUAGCACAGCACGGUCAGCCUGUCCCCUUACACACGGCCACUGUGAAGUCGCCUGUGCCUUGAGGCUCAGGAGGCACAACUCAGCCUGGUGUUCAGGAAGGCUGUAAGCUAUUAAACGCUGCUCUAAUUGAAAUUAGAGCUAGUCUCUACUGCCAAGCCUAAACUAAGUCAGCAGAGAGCACACCAGAGUGUCUGUCAGGAAGAUCAUUGUCCUGUGGGGAGAGACCUGCAGCACCCCUGGGUUGAAACAACUAAUCCCCAAGGUGGUGGGCAGAGCAUCCCCCGUGACACGCCCUUGGGACUGUCCCUUCCUGAAUUGUGCAGAGACAACAGGACUUACUCUUUCAAUCAAAGAUCUCACUAGCGUUUUAGUUACAUAUCAACCCACGGUUCUGUUUCUAUCCUUCUUUGUAUAUUAGAACUCUAAAAUGGAUUAGUCAGAAAAAAAUAUUUUGGUAUAUUGUUUCCUUUGAAUGUGCACUAACUUUGGAUAGCUGGAAUUUUGUAAAAGGAAAUAAAUUAUAUUUCCCAUUAUAAA